GUUACUGUUGAAUCACUGUAAACUACGUUUUUCUCUACAUCUUUCUUCCUCCUUUAGGACUAGGAGACUUCCGCUUGAUUUCUUCAUCAACAAGUCUAGCUUCUGAAUUAGGGUUUUAGAUUGGCAGAAUAUCGAAUUUGGAAAUAUGUUUUUCAGCGGUGAUCCGACCACGCGAAAACGGGUGGAUUUGGGUGGUCGGAGCUCCAAAGAGCGAGACCGCCAGAAGCUUCUGGAGCAGACGCGACUGGAGAGGAACCAACGCCUAUGGCUCCGUCAGCAGAAUUCGGCUGCUCUUAUAAUUCAGAAAUGCUUCAGAGGAAGAAGGGUGGUCGAGUGUGAACGUUCCAAAGUCCGUGAGAAGUUUUUCCUGAACUAUGGGCAGUAUUGUCAAGAUGUCAACAGGCAGUGUUUUGGACCAGAUUCAGAUUGUAUCUACCAGUUUCUUUUCUUCUUUAACCCGAGAUAUGUAGCUGAUUUUUCAGCCCUUGUGGAGAUAUGCCGAUUGCUUCUAGAAUUUGUUCGUGAUAGUGGUGAUGCAGUGAGCCUCUUUGCUGGCACGGUUUACUCAUCCAACUGUGCUCUGGUGGAGUACAGGGUUAAAAAUCUUGCUUAUGCUUGCCUUCGUGCGAUCUACCAAAAUAGGGAUCAUUUGAAAGAUCAGUUAUUUUCCGCACCUGAGAAGUUCAAUCAAUCAGCAAACGUAUUACUAGAGGCUGUUAUUUUAUUGAUUGAUCCAACACUACCUUGGGCAUGUAACGUAGUGAGCUAUUUGUCAGAAAGAAACAUGUUCUCCAUGCUCAGAGAAAUUUUCCUGCUGGAGAAGAAAAAUUUGCAAGGUUCUACAGGGAAUAUCUCUGCAUUGGAACGCCUUCUUGCCCUUAUAAUUUCUCAUGUUGAUCAAGCAUCUUGUACUUGUUCAAGUAGUGAUCCUCGAAGGAGCUUCUCAUCCCAGAUACUUGUGGUUCCUUUCUUAUGGCGGUUGUUCCCACACCUGAAAGAGAUUUUUGCUGCACCACAUUUGAGUCAACAUUAUCUUCAUCAAAUGGUAUCAUGUGUGAAAGAUCAUACCAAUGUGCUGCCUGGUGAUAUAUCAAGUGAUUUUCCCAGUUAUGCUUGCCUUCUAGGAAAUCUUUUGGAAGUUGCUGGGGUUGCUAUUGCUCAGCAUGGUUCAUUUGCAUGGGCUAUAGAUUUUGCGAUUGUUUCGACAUACUUAGUCCAAGCACUUCCUCCUCUCCAAACAUCAAACCAAGGAGAUUCUGCAAUGAAUGAAGAUGAGAUGCUGGUUGGUGAUGAGCUUUCACAAAUAACUUUGAAUAGGGAUUUGGAACAACAGAUAUUUAAUGCUUUAGAUCCUCGGUUUCUUCUACAAUUGAUUAAUGUGUUAUUGGGGGUGCUUGUUCCUACAAGUUCACAUAAAGGCAAACCUGAUGAUAAAGAGGUGGCUGCUGUUGAUGCGGCUUGUUCUUUUCUGCACGUGACUUUCAACAUUUUACCCCUAGAGCGGAUUAUGACUAUAUUAGCUUAUAGGACAGAGCUGGUUCCCAUCCUAUGGAGCUUUAUGAAGAGAUUGCAUGAGAAUGAUUCAUGGUCUUCCUUGUCUGAGCGGUCAGCUUAUAUGCCUGCCAAUGCUCCUGGUUGGCUACUGCCUUUAGCAGUUUUCUGCCCUGUCUACAAGCACAUGCUAAUGAUUGUUGACAAUGAGGAGUUUUAUGAACAAGAGAAGCCACUGUCACUGAAGGAUAUUGGAUUAUUAAUUGUCAUCUUGAGACAGGCUUUGUGGCAGAUUCUUUGGCUCAAUCCAGUGGUAACACCUGAUUUCUCGAAGUCUGAAGAUGGUAUAUCUGCUAUGAAGAGGAACCCCAUAGAAUUUCUUCAACACAGGGUUUGUGUGGUUGCUUCUGAGCUCAUGUCACAGUUGCAAGACUGGAAUAACAGACGGGAAUUUACCUCCCCAAGUGACUUCAAUGCAGAUGUUCCCAGUGAUUUGUUUAUGUCUCAGGCACUAACAGAGAAUACAAGGGCAAAUGACAUUCUAAAACAAGCUCCUUUCUUGGUUCCUUUUACAAGCAGAGCUAAAAUUUUUCACUCACAGCUAGCUACUAUGAAAGGGAGAAUUAGUGUUCAUCCAAUUUAUAACAGAAACAGAUUCAAAAUAAGAAGAAGUCAUAUAUUAGAGGAUUCUUUCAGCCAAUUAAAUGCAUUGACUGAAGAGGAUCUUCGAGGAGCGAUCCGUAUAACUUUUGUUAAUGAACUUGGAGCCGAGGAGGCUGGUAUUGAUGGUGGAGGUAUUUUCAAAGAUUUCAUGGAAAACGUUACUCAGGCAGCAUUUGAUAUCCAGCAUGGACUGUUUAAGGAAACUGCGGAUCACCUUCUGUACCCGAAUCCUGGAUCUGCAGUGGUAAAUGAGCAACAUCUUCAGUAUUUUCACUUUCUUGGAACUAUUCUUGCUAAGGCAAUGUUUGAGGGGAUUCUCGUUGAUAUACCAUUUGCAACAUUCUUCUUGAGCAAAUUGAAACAAAAGUAUAACUACUUGAAUGACUUACCUUCCUUGGAUCCAGAAUUGUAUCGCCACUUGAUUUUCCUAAAGCAUUAUGGGGGUGAUAAUACCCAGUUAGAAUUGUACUUUGUAAUCGAUAACAAUGAAUAUGGAGAGCAAACAGAAGAAGAGCUGCUUCCAGGAGGAAAAAGCAUCCGAGUAACGAAUGAGAAUGUCAUUACUUUCAUUCAUUUGGUAGCCAACCAUCGGUUAAACUUUCAGAUACGUCAACAAAGUUCACAUUUUUUGAGAGGAUUCCAACAGCUAAUACCAAAAGAAUGGAUCGACAUAUUUAAUGAGCAUGAACUUCAGCUUCUAAUAUCUGGUUCAGUAGAUGGAUUUAAUGUCGAUGAUCUUCGAGCUCAUACUAAUUACACUGGAGGCUAUCAUGAGGACCACUAUGUUAUCGAAAUGUUUUGGGAAGUGAUUCAGAACCUUAGCUUGGAAAAUCAGAGGAAACUUUUGAAAUUUGCAACUGGAUGUUCUCGUGGGCCUUUGCUUGGAUUUAAAUACUUGGAACCUACGUUUUGCAUACAGAGGACUGCUGGUCAUGCAUCUGAAGAGACUCUUGACCGGUUGCCAACAUCCGCCACUUGCAUGAAUCUUCUCAAACUUCCUCCCUAUAGAAGUAAACAGCAAUUGGAGCAGAAACUGCUGUACGCUAUAAACUCUGAUGCUGGUUUUGACUUGAGUUGAAUGAGGCCGAUUACCAUCCAGCAAAAAGAUUGCUUUUCAAGUGUGCCCAACAACUCCCCGCCCCCGACUCACUGGCUCUGAGCUAGCUAGCAAGUAAACUGCCCCACAGAAGAGAGAUUGCUGCAGUUUUGUGAGGGAGGAGCCACACAACUCCGACUCGCUUUCAAGGGUAAUGAGUGCUACAACAAUCAGUCCUAUAGAGCAAGUGGGUGAAACGUUUAGAGAGAGACGGUGUAGAUAUUACCAUAGCUGUAUAUAUGUGGCUGGGCGUGUCGGUUGUGUAUAUUACCAUGUAUUGUUGAGUGCGAGCAGGACCUGCGCAAGUGGUCCUGUUUGUAAACUGUUUUACUGUAAUCAACUUCAUUUUGAAAUCCAUAACAAAUUAUAUAAACCAGUAUUUGCUUGUGGCCAAAUUGUUGAAUAAAGUGUAAAGAGUAUUUGAAUUGA